CUGAGCUCGUCCUACGUGCAGACUUAUCAUCUACUCAUAUCUAUUGUGCAUCACGCACAUCCGGAAUCCAUACACCCUGUUCCUCUGCAACGGAGCUAUCAACGCUACAUGGACCGAGGCGGGCACAAUCAGGGACGAGGAAGAGGUGGGAAGCAGGGCACUCCGAGCCGCGGAAGGGGGAGAGGAGGACGAGGACAAGGAAGAGGAUUUCGUGGUCGCGCUCGUGGCCGGGGUGGAGGACUAGGGUCUUCACAAGAAUUCCUUGAAGCGAUAGACUUUUCCGUGCUUCAAAACCACGUUGGAGCAGACUCCAACAGGGUCGGCGAAUCCGGUGUCUGGACACCACGCGGGCGUGGUCGGGGCCGAGGCGGCCCAGGUUUCGAGAGUGGCCGUGGCCGGGGCACCGAUUCCCCCAUCCCCCGUGGUUAUCGUGGACGCGGAAUUGGAUCGCCUCGGGGUGUGGAGUCCUCAUCGGGGCGGGGGCGCGGUCGGGGCUACAACUCCUCGCGAGGCGGAAGUGGCUUCGGAGCGCGAUUCAAUCCGGCGGCACCGCUCUCCCAGCUUCUCAUCGAGGAACGACCGUUCUUGCGGCCUAUCAAGUUUGUUCGAGCAUCCCUCCAGCCGACGCUAUUUCAGGAGGAGGAAGAUCUUCUUCGGCCCGUGGUCGAGGAGGUCGUUGAUGACGAGGAAACCAGCCACGUACCCACCGCCGAUCGCGUCACCCGAAUCUUCAGUGGCAUCGAUAUCCCUCGUUUUGAAGUCGACGAUGAGGAUGAGGAUGACGGUCUGCAACAGAUCGAUUUCGCGGAUCUCGGCAAGUUUGCUGAGCAGCUCUCCACCGCAGAGCCGCAUGUGGGGCCGAGCGAGAUGGAGGUUGUGGAGGAAAAGUUCACUGGGAUCCUCCUCAACAAUCGAAUCAUUCAGGGAGCUACUGCUACGCUACCAGAUGCUCUAUCCCUCCAAGACGUGAUUCCAGAAACAGUAUUGAACGACCACGAGGGUAGUGUCGAUCAACUACCAGAGGAUCCUCCGCUCUUCUUUGUGGACACGGCUGCGACGGCAGUGCCAGAUGUGUUACAAGCCUCAGGCACCGGCGCUCUAGACUCGUUUCACGCCAAGCCGACACGCACAAUCCCAGACGAAGACGACGAAAUCAUCGUGUACGUGGCACCCCAUCCACGCAAAAGCAAUAUGCAGCGAUCACUGCCUCCCACACCACCGGCCCGCACCCCGUCGCCCCUUCCCCUGGCGUCGACUUCGGCAGUGACCGGUGCGGUGCUGUUCGCAUCGCAGGUGAAGCCAAAGACGCCCAGACGUCAAGCACCGGCGUUCACGGCCCACGGGCGGAACAAAGCUCAGCUGAAGACCCGCGGGCUGACGCGCCGGGCGCAGAAACGCGCAAGAGCUGGGCGGUCUUUCGGACUCUUUGGAGCGAGGGCGGAGGAAGCGAGAUUGCAGGAUGAGGAUGAGCGGUGGGAGGAACGCCGCAGGGGUGAUUCGGAUUUGGAUUGGGGUGACUCGGACGGGGAGGGUGACGCCGAGGAUCACGGCAUGCUGGUCGACCCAGAAAUCGAGCUCGAUGUUGCCGCAAUGCGCAGCUUUGCGAGUGGCAUGAAUGGCGAGUGGAAGACGAUAGAAGAUCUGGCUAUCGAGCAGAGAAUGCAGGACGAAGAUGACGAGGAAGGCGGUGCGGGGAACAGCAGUGACGACGGGGAUGCAGGCAGUGAGGGGGAUGCGGACAGUGAGGAUGGGGAUCUGGAUGCCGCAAUGGAUGCAGAGGAAGAUCUUAUGCUUGGGGAGAGCGACGACCCUGAGGAGGACUCCAGUGAAGACGAUGACUUUGACCAAAGCCCCAGGGCCGGGUUUCAAGCCCGUCUGGAACGGGUGCGCAAGGCUGCACAGUCCAGACAAGUUGACGACAGCCUUGAACUGAUGGACGACAUCGAUUUUGACGAAGAGGAUGACCUGCAAGGUCACUUUACCGAUGCGAACUGGGCUGAGCUUGAGGACAUCCUGGAGAGUACUGGCCGGCGCGGACGGAAGAAACUGCUGAGUGCGAUGGUCAGCGGGGAUUUGGUUGACUUGGACGAGUUCUACUUGCCAGCCAAACGUGGUAAACAGAAACGGCAGGACAUCCCGCAUGAGCUGCAAGAGCAGUGGGACCGAGACCGAGGCAAGAAGGCCGAGUACAAGCGCAAUCGCGAGCUGGCCCGUCUUGCAGCAGCGGCCGACCCGCUCAGCGCAAAGAAGGGAGGGAAGAAAGGUCGAAAAGCAAUGAAAGCCGCGGCGCGACUGGACCCGACGAUCACGGUACUUCCCAACCGGGUGAUCGACAUGAGCUCGCUCGAGCAGCAGAUCCGGAGGUUCAUUGGGAACAUUGGGGGUCCUCAGAGCAUGACGCUGCCGCCGUGCGACAAGGCGACCCGCAAAAGUGUGCACGAGAUGGCGAUGGCAUUUGGGUUGUCAAGUGUGAGCAAGGGUAAAGGCGACUCCCGAUACACGACAUUGACCAAGACAACGCGCACCGGACUGGUGGUAAACGAAAAGAAGAUAGGGCGGAUUGUGAGACAGGGUGGAUCGCGAGGACAGGAGUUUGUGCAGUCUGCUAGAGGUAGAGCGCCGGUGAUGCCCAAGCAUCGAGACGGAGAUGAGGUUGGCAAGGCUGCACCUAAGAUCAGCCAGUCGAACGUCGGCUUCAAGCUGCUCGCCAUGAUGGGCUGGGCAGAGGGUGAACGGAUCGGUGCUGGUAAGGACGGUCUACAUGCUCCACUGACGGCUGUCAUAAAAAACACGAAGCUUGGCUUGGGCGCGACCCGAUAAUGGACUUUGACUAUCUUUUUGUGUUAAAGCUUGUUCGUUGAGCGUCGAGCUAGAAUGUUGUAUGUAAGAGAGAUACGAACUGCUGCGAAUCACCGAGAUGGCUGCUGGAUGAGUGGGUGCUGCACCCAAAGCUGGACUGGGGCAAUGGGAAUGCGGUUGGACGUGAAGAAUUUCAAGCCAGAGCAUAUGGAACCAUGUCAAGGAUUAUGCUUACUUCUGUGGAAUCGGGCGCCACCGGAACGCGCUCCCCUCUCCCCCGGGGAGUACAAGAUAACAAUCAAAUCACCUUCUUCAGUGAUGUGGGUCGAGCGCAACGCAACAAGAAUGAACGCGCGAAUGCAUUGAAUAUUACGGGAACGUGAACAGCCAG